CAAUUGCCAUCUUUGGAAGAGCAAUAGCAAUGACCAAGAGGCAAAGAAACAUCGGUGCGACCAGAGCCGUGAAGCUAAAGAGAACAAGAAAGAGUGUACCGAGAGAGUCUCCUUCUCAACGCAGCUCCAUCUACCGCGGUGUCACCAGGCAUCGGUGGACCGGGAGAUACGAGGCACAUUUGUGGGACAAAAACUGCUGGAAUGAGUCGCAAAAUAAGAAAGGAAAGCAAGGGGCUUAUGACGACGAAGAGGCAGCAGCUCAUGCGUAUGAUUUAGCAGCAUUGAAGUAUUGGGGCCAAGACACCAUCUUCAAUUUCCCUAUAUCAGCAUACGAGGAAGAGCUCAAGGAAAUGGAGAACCAGACCAGAGAAGAAUAUAUUGGAUUAUUGAGAAGGAAGAGCAGUGGCUUCUCGAGAGGAGUCUCUAAGUACAGAGGAGUAGCAAGGCAUCAUCAUAAUGGGCGAUGGGAAGCUCGAAUUGGUCGAGUUUUUGGCAACAAGUAUCUCUACCUCGGAACAUAUGAGGUGGCGAGUGAUAAUGCAUUUAAUGUCAAAGAAGAAUGA